GAUCGUAUAAUACACAAAAUUCCUUAUUCGAUACUGGAGAUAAUAUAUAGUGUUUGAUUUCUUUGGUUUAUUAAUGUUCGAGACGAGUAAUAGAUACAACAAAAAAUGGGCAACGCACAAGCUGGAGAAAAACAACCUAAAACGGGAAAGUCUCCAGCAAAGGGCAGACAUUUCAUGAGAAGCUUGAACAAAAGGGCCUCGGGGAGGGAGAAAAAGGGCCGUAAAAAGAGCACUGCAAAACAGGCGGCAAUAGAUAGGGAGUUUGAUAAGACUUCGGAAUCAGAUAACAAUGAAACGGUUGAGGCAUCUGAUAACGAUACGGUCGAGUGCGUGUUUAAAACAUCACGAGUGGAAGGGGGCGCGGAGUCGAGUGUUCAGUCAGAGGUAACGGUGACCAGGUGCGAGCCGAGCCCGCGGUCACCGACCCGCGACCAGUCUCCCGCCGCCGCCGCGCAAACCUCCUCACCCGCGGACCCAUCCACGUCCGAUUCAGUGUUUACAGACCCUGUGAGCCCUCUUACGCCGCUCGCCGUCGAGCUAAACCAAUGCUACUACUCCGCGGAGAGUGACAGCGCGCAAGACGAUCUCCCACGCACUCUCACCCCUCUCGACAUUAAUGCGCUCACGCAAUUCGACUUUUCUGACAGAACAACACCGGAAAUGCCGCACGAGGAAUAUGCCUCACGUGACGUAGAAAAAGAAAACAGUGACAUAUGCGAUGACAAAAGUGUCAGGGAUGAAAGUGUUAAGGUUAUGGGUGCAUUUUCAUCGAAAUUAAAGGAUGAGCCGGUCGAUCGAAGAACGCAUGAGUGCAGCCAUGACUUCCUUGAUAAUCGGCUGAAGACUUCUCCAGGACAAACGUCCUUUACAUUGUCCAGACACCGGAAAGUUGCAUUGCCUCCUGUGGGUGCAGAAUCAUCACUAUCUGUACUAGAGAGCGAGCCAGAUCGAAGACAUUCGAGUGUAAGCGAUGUCCCUUUGCCGGAGUCUAACGUGUUGAGAAAAGUGGCAUCAUUGACACUGGAAAAGCAUUCAGAGACCAAAGUAGUUCGCCCCAAGUAUGUUCCCGAGAAACUAGAUUUCCAACUGUAUGAAAAAUUCGAAGGACAGAUGCUUCUAAAUUGGUUUGUGUCUUCGGCUGAAGCAAACAUAACAAAGAACAUCUCAAAUAGCCAAGAUCUCCGUACUCUUGGUAUACAGUAUUGUACUCAUUUGUUAGCAGCUGGUGUGUUAUGUCAAAUAUCAGAUAAAGAUGCACCCACAGAAAAAAUAUUCAAGCCUAAUUUAAUGUACUACUGGGCACAUAUGGAGUCACCAGCUUCACAACCACAUACACCAGGACGUCUGCACACAACAUCAUGGCCACCUCAAUUAGACUCAUGUUCUGAAAAAUUAAAUCUAAGUUCUCAGCCUCUCCUACAAUAUAGUGCUAAUAAUUUUGAAGAAAUCAGAGAUAUCUCUGAAGCUAGACAAGUUAUUGCAGAUUUAAUAAAAAAACUGCAGGAAUUAGAAUACAAAUUAGAAAAUUCUAAGGAACACUCCAUAGGCAUAAUAAAUUUAAAAAAUGUAAAUUCAAAUAACUACCUAAAGGAUAGACAGAAAAAAGAGUUAAUUAGUCGUGAAAUUCAAACAAUUAACUUAAACGAUGAUGAUGAUAGGUUGGCUGGAAAAUCUGUGAUAUCACCUUCAAAACCUGAUUCUUUAAUAAGAACAAGUGUACAAAAUGAUUCUAGUAUAGCUGUAAGUAAAUUGGAUCGAGAUAAAUGUGAUUAUAAAGUUUUAGGAGACCCUGAACAAAGAUCUGUUAAAAUAGAAAAUUAUUGUAAGUUGAAUAAGAGCAGAGAAUGUAAUUUAAUACUUAAAAAUGAUGAUUAUGUAGAAAAACGAAGUAGUAGUGAUAUAGUUAAUAAAUUAGAAAAACAGCAAAUUAAUGAAACACAAAAAAUAAAUCGACUUUCAAGUAAUAAUUUAAAUGUGAAUGUACUACAUGACAGUUCUUCAGAUGCUUCAUAUGUCAGUACUACUGCUGAUGUAACUCUAAAUCAAACUAUUUUAACUGAAGAGAAAAGCUUAUUCAGAUCUCUCAGUCCUCCCCCGGUGCAAGUUUUAUAUGCAAAACAAGAUAGUAAUUAUGUUGCAUCAGAAUUUUCAUCAUUAGAUUUUACACAAUCAGAACAGAGCUGGAAAUCAUUUGAAGCUGACAAAAGUGAUUUGUCAUUCACAGGAAACAUGACAGAGAGUGCAACUAAAUCAGCACAAAAAUCUGAAGCAAAAGAUAUAAAAUGUUUUCCAAAAUCCUUAUCAGAAACUGAUAAGAGGUCAGAAAAAGCUACAUCAAUGUUAUCAACAUCUUUAACUACAGACGUCUCGAAACCUUCAGCAGAAAAUAUGAUGGAGCAACAACCGCCACCUCUGCCAGGAAUGUCUCCUUCACCACCACCUACUCCAGGAACAAAAUCCGCCAGUACAUCCAUUUCUGUCAAUGAAAUCGUUCCUCCACUCGUUCCUUCUUUGCCUGAUAUGGCUACAUUAAAUGCUUUGAUACCUCCACCACCACCACCAAAAUCUUAUGUCCUAUAUCCAUUGCAGGGUAAUGAAGAACUUGUAACAUCCUUUGCAUCCAAGGAGGCUUGUCCUUCAUUAUCAAGGGCCGAAGUAGAUCUAAAACAAGCCUCCAAGGCUUCGCCCUCCCAAAAGAUGUUAGAUUUGGCUCCUUUACCUCCACCGUUACCAAGUCUAGAUCACCCACCUUCGCCAAUUCCUGGUUUAGGUCCCCCGCCUCCGCCAAUACCCGGGAUGGGUCCCUCCCCGCCGACGAUGCCCGUUAGUUGUCCGCCGCCGCCGCCAAUGCCAAUGCCUGACAUGGGUCCCCCGCCGCCGCCAAUGCCUGGUAUGGGUCCCCCGCCGCCGCCAAUGCCCGGUAUGGGUCCUCCGCCGCCGCCAAUGCCUGGUAUGGGUCCCCCGCCGCCGCCAAUGCCUGGUAUGGGUCCCCCGCCGCCGCCAAUGCCUGGUAUGGGUCCCCCACCGCCACCAAUGCCCGGUAUGGGUCCUCCGCCGCCGCCAAUGCCCGGUAUGGGUCCUCCUCCGCCGCCGAUGCCCAGUAUGGGUCCCCCACCGCCACCCUUACCAGGCAUCGGUCCGUCAUCAACAUCUAAUGCGGGACCUCCACCGCCUCCUAUACCAGGUAUUGGUCCUCCACCCCCUCUUAUGACAGAUAUGGGCCCCCCUCCGCCUCCAUCACCCUCGGGACCUGCUCCCUUUCCGACACCCCCCGUUGGUGGUUGGAGUAUGCAAAGAUCCACUCUAAGAAAACCUCCGAUCAAACCAGCAGCGCCAAUGAAGCCUCUAUAUUGGACAAGAAUUUUAGCAAAUUCUGCACAUAAUGGCCAAGGCGAAGUAGAUUCUGGAUUAAAGCCAUUAUGGCUGGAAAUUGACGAAACAAGAUUGGACAACAUCGACGAAUUCAUGGAUCUCUUCUCUAGACAAGUUGUCAAAGCCCCAGUAAAGAAAAAAGUAGAAGUUAAAACAAAAAUACAGCCAGUAAAAAUAUUAGACAGUAGACGGUCACAAAAUGUCGGUAUAUUCGUACAAAGUUCGCACUUAGAGUUUUCAGAGAUUGAAAACGCCAUAUACAAUUUUGAUACGUCGGUUGUGAGUUUAGAAGUAUUACAACAGAUGUAUGAGUUGCGCGCAACGAAUGAAGAAUUAGAAAUGAUAAAAGAACAUUUAUCAAACAAACCUGAAAUACCGUUAGAUAAGCCCGAAGCGUUUUUACAUGACCUCUCUGGAAUACCAAAUUUUGCGGAGCGGAUAUCAUGUUUUAUGUUUCAAGCGGAAUUCGAGGACGCUGUUAACACAACUAUGCAUAAAUUAGAUAAUUUGAAACAUACAUGUGAGUUCCUAACAAAUAAUGAAUCUCUAAAGCAGCUAUUUGCAAUAAUUUUAACUCUCGGAAAUUAUAUGAAUGGAGGGAAUGGGCAGAGGGGGCAGGCAGAUGGUUUUGGUCUAGAAAUCUUAGCCAAGCUGAAGGAUGUAAAGUCAAAGCAGUCGACCGUAACGCUACUGCACUUUAUAGUAAAGACGUACAUGCGUCAACGCGGGGGCGCCCUGUCCACAGAAUGCACGCUGCCUGUGUGCGAGCCGGGUGACGUUCAGCGAGCGGCUGCUAUCGACUUUGCAGAUGUCUCUGCUCAUCUUGGGUCACUGCGGAAACAGCUUGAAGGAUGUAAAGAAAAAAUGAGCAAGGUAGUAGAUGCCUAUGAGAGAAAUCAAGCUGAUGUGGCAAAUGAGAACAAACGAAUAGAAGUUUUCAAAGAUAAAAUGACCACAUUUAUUAAUGCAGCUGAAGAAAAAUUAAAGACUGAAGAUGAGAACUUGUCCGAGUGUAAAAAUAAAUUCAUAUCUACUGUGAAAUUUUACCAGUACAAGCCUAGGUGUGGCAGUAUUGAAGAUUGUGAACCUAAAGAGUUUUUUUCAUUAUGGACCUCAUUUUGUAGUGACUUUAAAGACAUCUUCAAAAAGGAGGAACAGCUGGCAAUUAAGGAAAAGUUAAAAGAAACAAAAAAAAUGCAUGAAGUACGAAAGGCUCAAACUGUCACACAACCGAAAAAGGAAGGAGGCCUAAAGGCACGGCUUCAAAAGUUGUCCAGUGUGUCCAGAAAAUGACUUUAUACUAUUAGUGAAACUAUUGUCUACCUGUAGCUUUUUUAUUUGCAAUCAAGAAAGGGUGCUAAAUAACUCAAUUUUUUAUAACAUUAUUUUAUUAAGUUAAACUAAAUUACUCAGUGACUAAUUAUUUUUAAGUGGUUCUUUACAAUGAAUUGUAUAGGUAUGAGUGUACUUGGCAAGUUCAAAAAGAUUUUGUAACCAUUUAUGUAAACAAUGGUAGAGUCAAAUGUAUGUGAAUUGUAGUAAUUUUUUUAUAUUAAUAUUGCAAUAGGCUGUGAUGUGAAAUAUCAGCAUUUAUAAACAAAGGCACCAAUUAAUAUAUAUUAGAUAAAUUGUAUAUAAAUUAAAAUCAUGAUCUGAUAUUUAAAAUUAAAUAGGUCUUAUUUAAAGUUUGACCAUAUAAUUAACCAACUUCAUCUAAAGUUAAUAUGUGGCUUAGAAUGUUUUACAUUGAUAAUAACUGGAUUUAUUUAGAUUAAAGAAAAGACAACAUGAUAAUAAUUAGUCUAUAAAUAUAGCCUAUGUAUUCAUUAAAAAUGUACCUGAUAAUAUAU